UCACUCUGCGCGAAGUACGCUUGCGGCAUGCCAUUUGAAAGAUCGGCUGACGGGCUGAGCCUCCGAGGAGUCGUCUGACCCGUCGAAUGUCGUGAAUUGUUUUCAUUAAGUUCUAGCAGGUUCUAUCUUGGAACACGUGCUGCUCUUGCGAUUUGUUGGUUUUCCUUUUGGUACUGCACGAAACGUUGUUAAACAUGUUGGAGGGUCCGGAAGUGAAAAAUAACGACGUAGUGAUUAAAGAGGAGCAUGAUGUUGGAUGGGCCGGAAAAAACUUGGACAAUUUCGGUGAAUACUGCUUUGAAACUGACCAGUUAGCCUUAAAGGGCAAUUCUGAUUAUCAGGCUUUACUAAGAACUUUAGUAGUGCUCGAAGGCCAAAGAAUGAUUGCCGUUCAGAACAUGGAAAAAUUAAUACCACUUAAAAAAGAAGCACUGGAGUCACCCUUAGCAUUUGUUGAAAAACUACAAAGAGGUGAGCACUUGGAUUUUCCAGUACCUCAGGUUAUAGCAGAGAUUCCUGAAAUAAAUUGGUCUAAAUAUGGAGUUGCAGUUCCAGACAACCUUGAUGAAAAGAAUUCAGAAAAUCCAAAACCUUCUUCUACAAAUAAUAGUGACAGUGAAACAUCCAAAGAUGCAGAAAGAGGGAAAGAUGGAAAAUUACUUGUACGUGGCAGGGAGUUCAAUCAAAAGAAACCAGAAACUUUCAACCAAUUAUGGACUCCAGAAGAACAAAAGAGAUUAGAAGAAUUACUUGUUAUCUAUCCUCCAGAACAAAUAGAAAUGGAAAGGUUUAGAAAGAUAGCCAGGGCACUUGGAAAUAGAACUCCUCUUCAAGUACAGAGUCGUGUUCAAAAAUAUUUUAUUAAGCUUCAGAAAGCUGGCCUUCCAGUUCCAGGGAGAACUUACAACUUCACUCAAUACAGCAGUAACCGAAAGAGUGGCCACCGUCAUCAAAGAAACAAUAGAUUUCUCUUUCCAUCAUCCACUUUUUUUGCAUCAGCUACUCCUCCAGUCUACAUGAAUGACAUGGAUGAUAGCACUGAUGCACUCAACGAACCCAGUCCGGCACCUCAAAGGGAAGACAUACAAGUCUCGGAUGAAGAUGUUCCUGAUUCAGUGAAAAUGUCUGAGAGCUAUAUGGAACUUAUGUGGCUAAAGUUGAUAAAACGGGUCAAAUUAAAAACAAGUCAUAGCAGUGCUAUGAUUCAUUACGGUUACCGGUGUGAUCACUGUGGCAUGGAUCCAAUAUCUGGCUCUCGUUGGCACUGCUUCCAGUGUCCCUCAAACAUCUCUACUGACUUGUGUGAAAAAUGUGCCGUUCAGUUAUCCUCCAAGGCUGGCUAUCAUCAACCCAAUCACAAAAUGACUCCUAUAAUUAAAGCAGAUCCACUACCUCGUCAAGGACCAAACUAUCUGCAGCCAAACUUUAUGACGGAACAUUGAAGAUAUAAAUUGAAGAAAAAAGUUGUGUAACUCUUGAAAAUGAUUUCGGCAUACAAUUUCCGUCUAACAACUAAAA